AUGCAGAUGGAACAGGCGCAGUUUGGCUCAAAUCGUUGUAUUCAAGCGCGUGUUGUCGAACGGCGCUGCUGGCAAGAAUUCGCUCUGUGGGAGGCCGUCCAGGCUGCGUGGCGGUGCGCUAGCACUCGAUCAAUUACAUCAGCUGGCAUUCCGAACAGCAUGCGCUCAUUCUUGCAGCUGGGCAUCACCGCCGACGAGCAGACGGCGGCUUGCUCCCCGCUGCUGGCCCCUUCGUCAAGGGAGUCCGUCGUGGUUUCCCAAGCGUGCAGCGUCCUCGACGCUUCACUGGUGGAUUCAACUUUCUGGCAGAACCUGUUCAAGCACGAGGAACCGUUACGCUUUCUCCAGAAGGCGAUGAAGAGAGAGGCUGCGCGCGAUGCUGCUUUCGCCCGUUGCGUCGUGGAGUCCAACCCGCUGAGGGCGAGUGUCCUGACAUCGCCAGCAGCAUCCUGCUCUCCUCCGGCGUUGACCGGCGCACCACGGGAGCCCAGCGAGCAGUCCCCGCCAUUCUUCGGCGAGGCUAGCUCGGGCGAGGACUCGCAGCGCGGGCUGGCCGAUGGUGCGAGUGGCCGCUGCGGCGCGGAGUUCGGCAGGAGGCGUGCGCAGACUGCCGCCGAUGGCCAUCCCGCGGCGGCGCACGCGGCCCGGCGGCCGUCGAAGGCCGCGUGGCGCAGCUGCGGCGGGGACGCGCCCGCGGCCUCGCCUUGGCGGGCCGCCUCGGGACGGUCGAGCGCACUGAUGGCCCCGCUGCCUGCCGCCUUGGCUGCCCAGGUGGCCGGGUUCUUGCCCGCCCGGGACACGGCGCGGCUGGGGCAAGUCGUCAGCAGGGCAAGCGCUGUGCUGAGGCACGCCGCCGCGUGGGAGCCCCUCGUCCUGGGGCGGCAGGACUGCGGCCGCCUGCUGCGGCACCUGCGGGGGCGGGACCGCUUCUGCCUGCUGCGGGCCGACGAGCACCCUCUUCCCCGGGGCAUGGGCGAGGUGGUCAGACUGGAGCUGGACCUGAUGGACCCGGACAUCAGGAGGCCGGACGAGGAGCCGGGCGACGCCGUCGACGGCACCCCUGGCGCAGUGGGCACGGCCUCCGCGGGGCCCGCGGGGGCCCCCGCGGCUGGGCCGAGAGGGCUCGUGUUCGACCCCCUGGACGAGCUGUGCCGUCGCCUGCGCCGCGGUUGGUUCGCUUCAGCGGGUUACAUGAAGAUCUCGAAUAUCAACGUCGUCGGAAUGGACCUCGGCUUCCUGCAACAUCGCAUAUGUACCUUCGGCCGCUUCCCGCACUUGCGCCUCAGCAUGGCGUCAGACCGCUACGAGCUCCUCGCCUCUCGCGAGCAGCUCGCGCCGACCUCGAGCGUCGCGAACGCGAGGACCACCCUGCGGGCGGGCGUGGCACGCCGUCCACUGGGCGAGUGCGGCGGGGCCAGCGAGUCCAGCGACCUCGACGCCGACUUUGUGAGAGAGCACACCGCCGCGUUCAAGUCGGGGGACGACUUCCGCUUCGCGCACGCGCCGUGGAGGACUCGGAGCGGGUCGCUCGUGCGGGAGACCUACCGAGCCCUGCGCCGCCUGCACCACCGCGAAUUCGGGGCCAGCCAGUAG